AUGUACUACCAGCUCUGUCCGGACACCCUGUGGGUCCGGCUGCUCAGCCUGCUGCUCCUCUGCAUCCCGGCAGCACACACAGCAAAAUGUCCACAGCAGUGCGUCUGUGACCAGAUCCAGCUCACCGUGACCUGCGUCAACAGGAACUUGACCCAAGUCCCUCCUACAGUGGACGAGAUCACGGUGAAAUUGGAUCUUCGAGGAAACGACAUCCAGGAACUUCCCACCGGGGCUUUCAAGCACACUCCCUACCUGACUCACCUGUCUAUGCAGCGCUGCAACAUCCGCAGGGUGAAAGAGGGGGCUUUCCGCGGUCUCGGCCGUCUGGUCUUCCUUAACCUGGCCAACAACAAUAUUGAGAUUCUCUACCAGGAGUCCUUUGACGGUCUGUCCUCGCUGAAGCAGCUCAUGAUCGACCGUAACCGCGUGGAAGAGAUCCAGCCUGGAGCUUUCUCUCAGCUCGGCUUCCUCAACCUGCUCUCCCUUACACACAACCAGCUGGUCUACAUCCCCAACAUGGCCUUCCAGGGCUUGCAGAACAUCAAGUGGCUUCGUCUCAGCCACAACUCUCUAAACUAUCUGGACAUUGAGGCCUUCGCUGGUCUGUUCACGCUCACUCGUAUAAGCCUGGACCACAACGAGUUGCAGUUUUUCCCCACUGAGACCAUGACCAGACUGCCAGAGGUGACCCGUCUGGAUCUGAGCUACAACCCCAUGACUUACCUAGGGGAGGAGGCAGUGAUCAUGUCCAAGCUGACCCACCUCUUCCUGGAUCACAUGUCCCUGCAGGACUUGUCCAACACAGCUGUAUCAAAGUCUCCCAGCCUCACACACCUGGACAUCAGCCACAACCAGCUGCGUGUCAUCCAACCCUUCUCUGAAGGCACCCCCAAGUUGGCACGUCUAAACCUGGGAGGGAACCCCAUCUACUGCAACUGCUACCUGCGUCCUCUCAGGGAGUGGUCGAUCCGUAGCAAGGUGAAGCUGAUCGGUACGUGUGGAGGCCCGGCUCAUCUCUCUGGAGAGAACCUAGACGCUGUCUACCCCCAAGAGCUGCGAUGUCAGAGCCAGGAGGCCAUGCUGAAGGCAGAGUUCGAGGAGGCAACCAGGAUCACACCACCACCCACCGAAGAGCCUGCGAACAAGGUCAAGUGUCCUGCUAACUGUGCCUGCGAGGGGGAGACACACCAUUCCUCGUGUGAGAACCGUGGUCACACCAAGGUACCUCGUGGUUUCUCUCCCAACACACGACUCCUAGACCUGCGUGGCAACAACUUCCACUACAUCCCUAGCAACAGCUUCCCUGGCGUCGCCCAGGUCGUGUCCCUGCACCUGCAGCGCUGCAAGAUCGUUGAGGUGGAGGGCGGAGCUUUCAGUGGGAUGAAGGGACUGAUCUACCUGUACCUGUCCGAGAAUGACCUUACUUCCCUCAGCCCUGAUGCAUUCAAAGGACUCCCUCAGCUGACUUACCUCCACCUUGAGAAGAACCGCUUCACCACCUUCCCAAAAGGAGCCUUCAAGCUGCUGCCGGGCCUGCUGGCGCUUCAUUUGGAGAACAAUUCUAUCACUAAGCUGGAGCCAGACAUCUUAAGAGGAGCUGAGGGUCUCAGAGCCCUUUACCUCACCGGGAAUGCCAUCGAUCACAUAUCAUCCAGGUCUCUGGACCAGGCCAGUGACCUCGAUACGAUCCAUCUAGGAGGAAACAAGCUGAAGGAUGUGCCCACCGAAGCACUUAGCAAGGCUGGGAACCUCAGAGACCUGAGGCUGUCUGGGAAUCCAAUUCGUUGGGUGGGUCCACAUGCUUUUCGAGCUUUGGACAGAUCACUGAAGGAACUGUAUCUGGAUAACAUGGGACUGGAGAAGAUGUCACAGAACUCCCUGGCAGGCCUCGGUCCAGGGUUGAGGAGUCUCUUUCUGGAGGGCAACCAGCUGGAGGAGGUACCUGACUUCCACCCGCUCUCCUCUUUGGAGGUAAUCAACCUGGCCAACAACCCUCUGAUGUGUGACUGCCCUCUGCUGCCUCUCCGCAUGUGGAUUGAGAAAGUCAACCUGAAGGUACGAGCCACCUGUGCCAACCCGCCUGAGCUGAGGGGUCGCAAAGUCAAAGACGUACACGUUUUCAGGUCUUGUCCCGGAGGAGAAAACCUCCCCUUUGCCCCGACUGUCACCCCGAAGCCCGCCAAGGCACCCAAGGCAACAAAACCCAAACCAAUGCACCUCAAUGCCUAUCGGCAGGUCAAAAUGCUCAAAGCCAGAUCAAAACUUCGCAGGGGUCCAAACACGAAACCGGCAGCCGCCAGAAGAACCACCAACAGACGCAGCAUGGCAUGA